GGCAUUUUUCUUUCGAUUUUAAGGGGGGCGAGGGCGAGACGUCGGUAUAUAUUGACUUUAAUUUGAAUCAUUCAGCGCUUAGUUGUAAAUCAGUUUUUUUAAGGGUUGUCAUUUCUCUUCCUCAAAAUAUCGCAGUUUAUUCUUUUUUUCUUGAAUUCUUUUACUUGUUCGCUAGUUUUAGACAACGUGAGGAGAUGGAUGGAAAAAGUUGUCUUCCCGCGAACCGAAACAUUUUGUGUUUAUUUGAUGUUGAUGGAACAUUAACACCGCCAAGGGAGAAAAUCGACCCAAAGCUGGAUGCCUUUUUCCAAACACUCCGUCAGAAGGUGAAGAUCGGCGUGGUGGGGGGGUCCGACUACGCCAAAAUCGCCGAGCAGCUUGGGGAAGGAGACGAGGUGAUACACAAAUUUGACUACGUGUUUGCCGAGAAUGGAACAGUGCAAUAUAAAGAUGGAACGCUCAUAUCCAAACAGGCCAUUCAGAACCAGCUGGGAGAGGAGCUGCUGCAGGAUCUUAUUAACUUCUGUCUGCGAUACAUGGGCCUAAUCAAACUGCCCAAGAAAAGGGGAACAUUCAUUGAGUUCCGUAAUGGAAUGCUCAACAUCUCUCCGAUUGGCCGCAGCUGCACUCCAGAGGAGCGAAUCGAGUUCUCUGAGAUUGACAAGAGAGAGAAGAUCAGGGAGAAGUUUGUGGCAGCCCUACAAAAAGAAUUUGCCGGGAAAGGGCUUCGUUUUACCAGGGGUGGUCUGAUCAGUUUCGACGUGUUUCCCGAGGGCUGGGAUAAGACUCUCUGUCUGGAUGUACUGGAGCGGGAGGGCCUGGAUGCCAUUUACUUCUUUGGGAAUGAGACCUCACUGGGGGGAAAUGACUACGAAAUUUUUGAAGAUCCGCGGACCAUCGGUUUCACUGUCUACUCCCCUGAGGACACAGCGAGACUCUGCAGGGAACUUUUCUUUAAUGCGCCACCCAACGAGUCGUGACAGCUGCUUUUCUGUGUUUAUGCCGCCAUCUGGUGUUUACCAGCGGGACUGCACAUUACUCUCCAUAAGUGGAAAAAGACUGAUUAUGUGAAGUGUGAAAAAAAAAUCCGUACUGACAGACUAAUGUAUAUAUUAUAUA